AUGGCUUUAUCAUCAACAAACCCUUUACUAUCCUCUAACUUUUUUGGCACCAAAAUUUUUAUUUCUCCUCCUACACCUAAAACCGUUCCAAGAAAUUUCCGAGUACAAGAUUCGAUUUUUAACAGGAAUUCGAAAUCGUUCAAGAAUGUUCAAUCACAUGCCACUUUAGCUGCUUUACUGUUUUCUUCAAUUACUCCACAAGCAUUGGCAGUGGAUAACGCCACCCCUCCUGCGGCUGCGCCGCCUGUGCUACAAGCUGAGGCGCCUAAGCCUGGUCCAUCGUCGCCCUUUUCUCAGAAUCUUGUUUUGACGGCCCCAAAGCCACAGGCCCAGUCGACUUCUGACCUUCCUGACGGAUCUAAUUGGCGUUAUAGUGAGUUCUUGAAUGCAGUCAAGAAGGGGAAGGUUGAGAGGGUGAGGUUCAGCAAAGACGGAAGUGCCCUUCAGCUCACAGCAGUGGAUGGCCGUAGGGCUACCGUUAUUGUGCCCAAUGACCCGGAUUUAAUUGACAUUUUGGCGAUGAAUGGUGUUGAUAUUUCGGUUUCUGAGGGUGAUUCUGGAAAUGGGUUGUUUAGUUUUAUUGGGAAUUUGAUCUUCCCAUUUAUUGCCUUUGCUGGACUUUUCUUUUUGUUCAGGCGGGCACAGGGUGGGCCAGGUGGACCUGGAGGUCUAGGAGGGCCAAUGGAUUUUGGCCGGUCGAAGUCUAAGUUCCAGGAGGUGCCGGAGACUGGUGUCACAUUUGCUGAUGUGGCUGGGGCUGAUCAAGCAAAAUUGGAGUUGCAAGAAGUGGUUGAUUUCUUGAAAAAUCCCGAUAAGUACACCGCUCUGGGUGCUAAAAUUCCGAAAGGGUGUCUUUUGGUUGGUCCUCCUGGUACUGGGAAAACCCUUUUGGCCAGGGCAGUUGCCGGUGAGGCCGGGGUGCCAUUCUUUUCGUGUGCAGCCUCAGAGUUUGUGGAAUUGUUUGUGGGCGUGGGAGCUUCAAGAGUGAGGGAUUUGUUUGAGAAGGCAAAGUCGAAAGCUCCUUGCAUUGUGUUCAUUGAUGAGAUUGAUGCUGUUGGGAGGCAGAGAGGGGCAGGACUUGGAGGUGGUAAUGAUGAAAGAGAGCAGACUAUCAAUCAGCUCUUGACUGAAAUGGAUGGGUUCUCAGGGAAUUCAGGUGUUAUAGUGUUGGCAGCAACUAACCGCCCAGAUGUUCUUGAUGCGGCAUUGUUAAGGCCUGGAAGGUUUGAUCGGCAGGUCACUGUGGACAGGCCUGAUGUUGCUGGUAGAGUCAAGAUUCUUCAGGUGCAUUCCAGAGGUAAGGCUCUUGCGAAAGAUGUCGACUUUGAAAAGAUUGCAAGGAGAACACCAGGUUUUACCGGGGCAGAUUUGCAAAAUCUGAUGAAUGAAGCAGCCAUCCUUGCAGCACGCCGCGACCUCAAGGAAAUAAGCAAAGAUGAGAUAUCUGAUGCCCUUGAGAGAAUAAUUGCUGGACCAGAGAAGAAAAAUGCGGUUGUCUCUGAUGAAAAGAAGAGGCUGGUUGCUUAUCAUGAGGCUGGGCAUGCUUUAGUUGGAGCUCUUAUGCCAGAAUAUGAUCCAGUAGCGAAGAUCUCCAUCAUUCCUCGUGGCCAAGCUGGUGGCCUUACUUUUUUUGCUCCAAGUGAAGAGAGGCUAGAGUCAGGGUUGUACAGUAGAAGCUACCUAGAGAAUCAGAUGGCUGUCGCUCUGGGUGGAAGAGUUGCAGAAGAGGUUAUUUUUGGAUCCGAAAACGUAACAACUGGGGCAUCAAAUGACUUCAUGCAAGUUUCGAGGGUGGCUAGGCAGAUGGUCGAGAGAUUUGGGUUCAGCAAAAAGAUCGGACAAGUCGCCAUCGGUGGACCUGGUGGAAAUCCCUUCCUUGGUCAGCAGAUGUCGUCCCAGAAAGACUACUCCAUGGCAACUGCUGAUGUUGUCGAUGCAGAAACAACAUCAGCAAUGGAGAAAGAUGGACAAGAGAGAGAGAGGGGGCGUACGGUGGACGGAAAACAACCAACUCCGCCGAAUAUAUCUCCAAUGCAACCGAUGACCAAGGAGGCGUACGGCGGCGGGAUGUACGGCAAGGAGCCGGGACAAGAAAAACAAGCAAGAAAGCCACCAGCCAGUGAGACUCAACGUGCAGAUGGGCCGGCGGAGGCGACCAUCACCCAACCUAAGCAUAAGCCCCCGCCUUCAACCGGUGAUCGUGACAUCGAUAUCACCGGCCAAUCUUAUAUUCAGUAG